AGCAUCUUGCUCUCCAAGGCCCAGCCCAGGUACGGGAGGGGAUAAAAGUCUCGUGCCAGGGCCCUAGGGCAGAAACACACACACCUUGACCAUCUGUCUGUCUGUCUGCCUCUGUGCGACUGUCUCUGCCAUGUCUCUUUCCCCGUGCAGGGCCAAGAGGGGCUUCAGCGCUCACUCGGCCUGUUCUGCUCUCUCAGGGGGUCGCAGCAAGGGCAGCUUCAGCAGCAGGAGCCUCAGUUCCUUUGUCGGCUGCCGAGGGGCCUCUCGUGGGAGGGCCUGGGGGUCGAGGGGAAGGCAGGGGGUGUGGUUUGGGCAGGGGAGUGGGGGGCCUGGGCUUUCCCUGUGCCCUCCUGGGGGCAUCCAAGAAGUGACCAUCGACAAGAAUCUGCUGACCCCACUGAAGAUUGAGAUUGACUCCCAGUUCCAGGUGGUGAGGACGCAGGAGACCCAGGAGAUCAGGACCCUCAACAACCAGUUUGCUUCCUUCAUUGACAAGGUGCGGUUCCUGGAGCAGCAGAACAAGGUCCUAGAGACCAAGUGGCACUUGCUGCAGCAGUUGGAGGUGAGUGACAGCCCCCGGGGCCUGGAGCCUGUCUUUGAGGACUACCUGGCACAUCUCAGGAGGCAGCUGGAGCAGCUGCAGAGAGAAAGAGGGGCUCUGGAUGCCGAGCUGAAGGCCUGCCAGGACCAGGAGGAGGAGCAUAAGGCCAAAUAUGAGGAGGAGGCCCGCAAGCAUGCCACCGUGGAGAAUGACUUCAUGGUCCUCAAGAAGGACGUGGAUGGGGUUUUCCUGAGCAAGAUGGAGUUGGAAGGCCAGCUGGAAGUUCUGAGAGAAUACGUCUGCUUCUUGAAGCGUCUGUAUGAAGAGGAGCUGGGCCAGCUGCAGAUCCAGGCAAGUGACACAUCUGUGGUUCUGUCCAUGGACAACAAUCGCUGCCUGGACUUCAAUGACAUCAUUGCCGAGGUCCGCGCCCGGUACGAGGAGAUCACCCAGAACAGCAAGGCUGAGGUUGAGACCCUGUAUCAGACCAAGUACAAGGAGCUUCAGGCAUCGGCCCAGCUUCAUGGGGACAGCAUGAAGGAAACCAAGGUCCAGAUGUCCCAGCUGCAGCAAGCAAUCAAGAGGCUGCAGAGUCAGAUCGCCAGUCUCAAGGAGCAGAAUGCCAACCUGCAAUCAGCCAUUGCUGACGCUGAGCACCGUGGGGAGCUGGCCUUGAAGGAUGCUCAGGCCAAGCUGGACGAGCUGGAGGGUGCUCUGAGAACGGCCAAGCAGGACAUGGCCCGGCUGCUGCGGGAGUACCAGGAACUCAUGAGCACAAAACUGGCUCUGGACGUGGAGAUCGCCACCUACCACAGGCUGCUGGAGGGAGAGGAGUACUGGAUGUCAGGGGAAUGCAGCAACCAGGUCACUAUCUCGACUGUGGGAGGCAGUGCCGUGGUGUCUGGAGGAGUUGGUGAUGGCCAGGUGGGCACUUGUGGACUCAGAGGACCCGGAGGCGGGAGAGGCAGCUUUGGGUCCGGCUGUUCCAGCAUUGUGACAGGAGGCUUCAGUGCCAACUGGGGCUCUGGACAGGGACCUGCUUUGGGUUCCUGCUCUGUGUCCGGCUCUGGCUUUGGUUCUGGCUCUGGCUCCUGCUCUAGCCGCGGUACCAUCCUGAAGAAAACAGUAGAGUCAAGUGUGAAGACGUCCAUCACAUACUGAGUGACACAGCUCCUCCCUCCUGAACCUAUCAGCUCCCAUCUCAUCCCCCAGCUCUGCAUGGUCAACUCCAUGUUCACUGCCUGCAGCUCAAACCAGCCUAUGCGGGUUUGAAGACAGUCAAUAAAGUCCCACCCACCUGCUGUUCUGAGUGCUCAGCCUGGCUGGCCUUGCUCUGCAUACUUAUUUACAUCUCAUUUGCAUGCUGCCCAUCCCAAGUCACAGUGCCCUGUGCCUGGUCCUCCAGCCAGCUGACCAUAUUCUCUCCUUUCUCCGUGGCCUUCAGGCUGAGCGGGAAAAUCUCCCGGCUGGGCUUGACCAGGCUACAUCUCCAUUCCAAAGCUUGUCUUUUAGCAGGAGAGGGGAGGCCUGAGACCCACUCACCAGACACUGGAGGUUGGAACCAAGAGUGCUCUCUCUUGUCCUCUUUACCCACCUACUGCAAGCCCCCUCUAGGCCUCUGUGAAAUGGCACAGAAUCCAGUUCUCCCUGGUGUAUCUUCUUUUAUCUCUCCCCUGAUUUCUCAUCUCCCUCUCUUCUUCCCCCCAAUUUGACACAGGGCAAACAAUACUUAAGGUGCUGCCAUGGGACUGGGGCUACUCUGGCAAGCACUGGGUACUGUGUUUUUCCCUACUUCUGGAUAUCCAGCAUAAUCCCUCCCACCUCCGACAGCCAGAUCUUCAUUCUCAGAGCCCUUGGCUUCAGGGUCAGAGGGCAGGCCUCCUGUGACUAAUUCAGAUCUCCUGUGCUGGGAAAUGAGGACGUGUGGAAAGUCCUUUUGUGUCCCGUCUUUUCUUCCAGUCCCCUCCCAGUGAUGCCCCCACCCCCCACACCAGGUCUAAGCAGGGUGGCAAGCCUGAUUCUCUCAUCUCUGAUCUUAACUUGGCCUUUGCCCUCCCGGACAGGAAUGCCCAGGCAGGUCAAUAAUUGAACACAGAUGCUAAGUAACAGCCUCACAUAUGGGUUCAAGGGCAUUUGGGGGAGGCUGGAGGGCAGAGAUGAAGUUUCCCUGUGGCAAUGUGCAGCUCCUCUGCUACUCUUUCCAGCCAUUCAUCCCUGCCCCGAACUUGUACACUUCACUCACGAUGACAUUUCUUUGUCAUUCUGGUAGUGAGGAUCGGAGAGCUAAGUUGACUUGAAUGAUAGGAUUGCUUAUGGAGGUGUGGGUGGGGCUGCCAAGGGAUGCCAUGGGUCUUUUCAUCAAAAUGACCCAAUAUUUCUCCUCCAGGAAAUCUUCCUGAAUUCCCCUGC